AUGCGGCCAGCUAAGGCCUGUGAAGGAAUUGAGCUAGUAAAGGAACUGUCUACUGCUUUUAUCGUUGCGCACUUUCACGAAUGGCUUACCGGAAUAGGAUUAAUUCUUUUGCGAACAAGACAGAUCAAUAUCGCUACUGUAUUUACCACCCACGCAACGGUCUUGGGAAGGCGAAUUUGCGCAAAGGGGGGGGAUUUUUAUAAUAAUUUAAAAUGUAUUAACAGUGACAAAGAGUCAGGAGAUUUAAACAUAUUUCAUCUUUUCUGUAUUGAACGUGCUGCUGUUCACUCAGCGCAUGUUUUUACUACAGUAAGCCACGUUACCGGACUGGAGACUCAAUAUUUAUUAGGGAGAAUUCCAGAGGUUAUUUUGCCCAAUGGUUUGAACUUAUCGAAGUUUUGCGCUUUGCACGAAUUUCAAAAUCUUCAUUCUCAGUACAAGGCCGUGUUAAAUAAAUUUACACAGGGUCAUUUCUACGGUCACUUGAAUUUUGAUUUGAAUGAAACGCUGUACUUUUUUAUAGCCGGGCGGAAUGAAUACUCCAAUAAGGGGGUCGAUCUUUAUCUUGAAGCGCUUGCACGCUUGAAUUACCGACUGAAGAAAGAGGAAAGUGAGAAAACUGUUAUAGCCUUUAUCAUAAUGCCAGGAACUACAGAAAACUUCAACGUGGAGGCGCUUCACGGGCAAGCAAUUAUUAAACAAAUCACAGACACCGUCGCAGAGGUAAAAGAGAGUAUUGGGAAGAAAAUUUAUAAUGACGUCUGCUGCGGACUUGUGCCCAAAAGCGAAGAGUUGCUUUCCGGCGAAGACAUCCGCAGGUUGAAGCAAAUGCUAUAUCGCUCACAGCGCACCAAUCUGCCGCCCGUCUGCACCCACAAUCUGAGUAAUUCAGAAGAGGAUAAGAUAAUCCUGAGCAUCCGGGAAAAACAGCUGUUCAAUAACGAGUGCGACAGAGUCAAAGUAGUCUACCAUCCGGAGUUUCUGUGCUCUGCGUCCCCGCUGUUACCACUGGAAUACGAACACUUUGUUCGGGGCUGCCACUUGGGCGUCUUUCCCUCGUACUAUGAGCCGUGGGGGUACACGCCAGCCGAGUGCACAGUGCUCGGAGUCCCUUCAGUUACUUCCAACCUGUCUGGCUUUGGUUGCUUUAUUGAGGAAAUCGUCAAAAGCAAAAAUGUGGAUCCAGCAGAUUUCGGUAUAUAUAUCGUGGACAGAAGAUUUAAGGCCCUUGAUGAAAGCCUCGAGCAGCUCGUUGAUUACAUGCACCGCUUUACUAAGCUCAAUCGAAGAGAAAGAAUAAACUUAAGAUAUAGAAACGAGAGAUUGUCGCAGCUGCUUAGCUGGACAAAACUUUGUAAGUACUAUAAAAAGGCACGAGAUUUAGCUCUUCGAAGAACAUUCAGCGAUUACCAACCUGAUAAGGAGCAAAAAGAGGACUCAAAAAUAACAAAUCUCAAUGAUGCACUGAGCCCGAAACACACACCCUUGUACAACUCAAUCGAACGCAGGGCACCGAAAAGUUGUUCGUCUAAAAUAAAGGCGGACCAUUAAAUACUAUAACAAUGGUCUUAAACAAAAUCCUAUUUUAAA